AGUCUUGCAGGCAGCCGGCCCGGCUCCGAGCGGGCCAUGGCGGCGGAGCCCGGGUUGGAGGCGCGGGGUCAGGAGGUUCUGUGGCUCCGGCUGCGGAGCUCGGAGGAGGCGCAGCGCCGGCAAGAGGUGCUGGUGCGGCAGCUGCAGGCCAAGGUACUCAAGUACCGGACUCGGUGUCAAGAAUUGGAACAGCAGCUGGAAGCAGGAGGGGAGUCCCUUCCAGGCAGGUGUGAAGAAGAUGACCAGAGCCUGGAGAAAGCACUACUUGAGUUGGAAGAGGAGCAUCAAAGGCGUGAGAAUCUGGCAGAAGUGAAUGCUUUCCUGCGGGAGCACCUCGAUAAAGCGAAUGAGGUUAAUUCAGCCCUCAAAGAAGAUGUUGGAAAACUGAUGGCAGAUUGGAUGAGGGCGCGGGAGGAGCUGGAAUUGAAGGAGAGUGAAUGGCGCCAUGAACGUGAGCUUUAUGACAACUACGUAAGGGGUGAACAUAACCGUCUCCUCAGCCUGUGGCGUGAGGUGGUGACCUUCCGCUGGCACUUCCUGGCGAUGAAGACUGCCACUGACCGAGAUCUUACAGAGCUGAAGGCAGAGCAGAUGAGGCUUUCUGGAGCUAUCCUUGUAAACUGCUCCCAUCUAAACCCUGGCAUACAGCUCUGGGAGUCCGUCACUCUGGGUAGACCAGUCCUGAAGGAUGAGGCACAGCAGCAAGCAGGACAGAAAAUAAACCAGAAGACUCAGGAAGUGGUGUGCUUACAAGUUAAGGGGGACCUGGAGAAGAAGGAGCUUCAAGACAGGGUGGUGGAGCUCUCAGCCUUGCUUGUACUUUCUCAGAAGGAAAACGAGGAGAAGGAGAAGACCAUGAAAACACUGAACAACACUGUGGAGUUACUAGAAGCAAGUCGGUUAGAGAAAGAAUAUGAAGCUUCAUUGGCUAAAAGUGCUGAAGAAGAGAAUCUUUCGCUCCAGAAGCUGAUCAAAGCUAUAACUGAGGUGGUGUUAGAUGACAGUGACAGCAUGGUCAGCAUUGCCUCCACUGACAGUUCCCAGCACAUCGAGUCUAGCAACAUCCUCUCUUCUCUGAGCUUCACUGAUGCAGAGCAUGCCUUUGUGUUGGUGCAGGAAGCACUGGCAAGGAGGCGAGGGGCAACACAGGCCCUAAAAGAAGAGCUUUCUGCCAGGCAGGACGCUAUCAAUAACCUGCUGCACCAGCACAGAGAGCAGGAAGGGAAGUGCAGGAGGCUGCAGCAAAGGAUUGAGCAAGUGGAGGAGGAAUGCAAGACGUCCAGCAGCCACCAGCAACACCUCCAGUCUCUGGUAGAAGCACUCAGAACUGACUGUGCAAACCUCGAGAAAACCAGGGAAGAGUUACAGCAACAGCUUGAGGUAACAGAGCAAGAAGCCUCACGUCUGCGUCAGAGUAACACUGAACUGCAGCUGAAGGAAGAUUCAGCCCAGGGGGAAAAGGUGGAGCGGCAGCAGGCACUGGAGAGAGCACAUCAUGACAAGGAGCUCCUACUGAAGGACUUAGCUGCAGUUGAAGGAAAAAAUUCAUUGUUACAGAGUGAGUUGUUAAUUGCAAGAGAGACACUGGAGGAAUUGCACCUUCAGAGGGAUCUGCUGAAGCAGGAGAAACAUGAGCUUACCGUAGCACUGGAGAAGGCAGAGCAGUCAGUGGCAGAGUUGUCAGGGGCUCAGAAUAAGCUGAGUGCUGAAACAGCUGAUCUACGUGUUGCAGCAGUGAAGAUGAGCAGUAUCAAUGAAGCUCUUGCAUUGGAUAAAGUGCAGUUGAACCAACUUGUGCUGCAGCUGGAGCAAGAGAAUGAAGCUCUGUCAGUGAAAGUGGAUGAGAUGGAGAGAGCAAAGAUCUCUGGCCAGGAUAAGCUGAGCUUGUGUGAAAAAACAACUGAAGAGCUCAGCACAGAGAAAGCCCAUCUGGAGCAGUUGCUGAAGAAAGCAGAGGAGCAACAGGAGGGGCUGCGGAUAGAGCUGAGGACCCUGGCAAAGGAGAAGACAGAAACCCAAGAGAAACUCAGUCAGGUUUACCACCAGCAAGAGUUGUCCAGAGGUGACCUGGAGCAGCUGCGCCAGGAGUCCUCUCGCCAAGAGCACGCGCUGGCCAAAGCAUCCAAAGAGAAGGAAUUGCUGGUACAUGAGAAGGCUGCCCUAGAGGUGCGACUGGCAGCAGUGGAGAGGGACAGACAAGGCCUUUCAGAGCAGCUGGAAGAGUCCAGAUCAGUGAAGGACACCCUGGAAUCCAGCUUGUUUGAGGCUCAGCAGCGCUUAUCUCAGGUGGAAAUUUCCAGGAGUCAGCUGGAAAUGCAGCUACACGCAGUCACGCAGGCCAAGGAGGUGAUACAAGGGGAAGUGAAGUGCCUUCAAUGGGAGCUGGAAACAGAGAGAUCUCUGAUGAGGCAGGAACGGGAAGACAUGACGCAACAGCUCCUGCAGACAGAGCAACAGUAUGACAGUACUCUCAAACUGUGUCAAAGUGAUCAUGAAGUGGAAAUAAACAAGCUCCUGCAAGACCUGAACAUCACAGAAAAGCUGCAAGCAGAGCUGCAGGAAGCUCAGAGUAAGAUCAAGGCAGUGGAGAAACAGCACAAAGAAGAAAUUAAAACCAUCAAAGAGGAAGCGAAUGUCCUUCUUCAGCAGAGAGAUGCUCUACAGAAACAGGUGGAGGAGUUGACAUCUCAGCUGGCAGCCUCUGAAGAGUCCCAGCAAGAGAUUGGCCGCAAAGCUCAACAAGAUCUGAGUGAGGCACAGGAACUGUCAAGACAGAAGGUGCUGGAGGUUGCGCACCUCCAGAAGGUCCUGGAGGAGAAGAGGAGUCAAUGGGAGGAGGUAGAACAUCAGAACAAGGAGCUGCAGAUGUGUCUGCGGUCCUUGGAGGGGGAGAGGAGUCGAUGGGAAGAAGUAGAGCGUCACAACACAGAAUUUGAGGCCUCGCUGAAGGUCCUAGAGAGCGAAAAAGCCAGGCUGACCCUGUCUCUGGAAGAGAAGGAGCUGAGCCUCAAAACCCUGGAAGAAAAGAACUUUGCCCAGCAUAACGAAGUGUCUCAGCUUCUCUCUGCCGUUCACCAGGCCCAGCAGCUCCAUACAGACCACAGAAGAGAAAUAAAAGAGCUCAACAACCAGAUACAGUCACUGCAGGAGGUAGUGCUGGAGAAGGAGGCUGACCUGGCAGCUCGGGAGAAGCAACUGCUGCAGGAUCUGGAGGAGUCCCGAGCAGGCGAGCGGUGCUUGAAGGACUCUCUGCACGUGCUGGAGGCUGAGAUGUCUGAACUGCAGCUGAGGCUUUGUAGCACAGAGAACAGAGCAAAGGCACUGGCCAUGGAGUGUCAGCAGGCUAACAGUGCCCACUGUGAAGCCCAGUCCCAGCUGGACAAACUGCACUUGGUUCUGCACCACAUGAUCUGUGACAGCAGAGACUUAGUCACUUGGAGUCCAGAACAGGACCAUAUCUGGGAUCUGACUGUUUCUCAGGCCAGGGACCUCCCUGCAGAGCUCACAGUGGACAGAGUGGCAGCAGCCCUGCAAGACCUGCGCCAGCACCUGAAGCAGACUCAGCUUGAUCUGAGUGAUUCAAGGAAGAAGAUCCAGGACUUUGAGCUGGAGCUGAGCGAGAGGCAAGCUGAGAGGGACCAUUUCAGUGCCCACAAUCAAGAGCUGCAGAAACAGUUGGCUCAAAGCCAGGAAGAGACACAGAUGGCAGAACACAAGAAGAACUCUCUACAAGCUGUCCUGCAGGAAGAGGCCGCUGCUUUAAAGGAGGAGGUUAUGACUCUACGUCAAGAGGUGGCAUCUUUGGAAAGGAAACUUGAGAGCGCUGAGGAGCAAAGAAAGGAUGUCCUGCACGAACGGGACAGACUACAUGCAGUUAAAGAGAAACUGGCAGGAGAGGUGAAACUUCUUCAGGAAUCAGUGUCAGCCUCUGAAGCUCGAGCAAACACAGCAACAGACACGAAUCACUGCCUUGAGCAAGAGCUUCAAACCACGUUGUCCCUCUUAAAAAUUAAAAAUGAGGAAGUGGAAACCCAGCGGGAGAAAAUCCAGAUGCUCCAGAAAGAGGCAUCGGAGAUAAAAGCUUUGCAGGAGACCCUCGCUCAUAUGACUGCCAUCCUGUCAGAGAGGGAGGGAGAAAUGAAGUUAUACCAGGAACAGAUGAGAAUGCUGGAAAACCAGGAAGAAGUGCAUAAAGCUACUCUUGAUCAGUUUAUUAAGGACAUAACAGAGAAAAAACAGAAGGUGGCAUCCCAGCAAGAACAUAUACAGGAGCUGGAGAAGCAGCAAGAAAAACAAAGGAUUGCUGUCAGCAAGGUGAGCAAAGAACUGGAGGAGAGAGACCAGGAGAUCAGAUCCCAGCAAGAGCAGAUAUGGGAGAUGGAGAAGCAGCGAGAACUGGAGAGGAUUGCUGUCAGCAAGGUGGGCAAAGAGCUACGGGAGAGAGAGCAGGAAAUCAGGUCCCAACAAGAGCAGAUACAGGAGCUGGAGAAGCAGCAAGAAAUGCAGAGGACUGAGGUGAGAAAGAUGGGCAAAGAGCUGCAGGAGAGAGAGCAGGAGAUCAGGUCCCAGCAAGAGCAGAUCCAGGAGCUGGAGAAGCAGCAAGAACUGGAGAGGACUGCUGUCAACAAGAUGAGCAUAGAGCUGCAGGAGAGAGAGCAGGAGAUCAGGUCUCAGCAAGAGCAGAUCCAGGAGCUGGAGAAGCAGCAAGAAAUGCAGAGGACUGAGAUGAGAAAGGAGCUGGAGGAGAGGGACCUGGAGAUCAGGUCCCAACAAGAGCAGAUACAGGAGCUGGAGAAGCAGCAAGAAAUGCAGAGGGCUGCUGUCAGCAAGGUGGGCAAAGAGCUACGGGAGAGAGAACAGGAGAUCAGGUCUCAGCAAGAGCAGAUACAGGAGCUGGAGAAGCAGCGAGAAAUGCAGAGGACUGCUGUCAGCAAGAUGAGUAUAGAGCUGCAGGAGAGAGAGCAGGAGAUCAGGUCGCAGCAAGAGCAGAUACAGGAGCUGGAGAAGCAGCGAGAAAUGCAGAGGACUGCUGUCAGCAAGAUGAGUAUAGAGCUGCAGGAGAGAGAGCAGGAGAUCAGGUCUCAGCAAGAGCAGAUACAGGAGCUGGAGAAGCAUCAAGAAAUGCAGAGGGCUGCUGUCAGCAAGGUGAGCAAAGAGCUGGAGGAGAGGGAUCAGGAGAUCAAAUUCCAGGAAGGGAAAAUAAAGAUGCUAGAACAACACGGUGCAUCACAAGUGAGAAAUCUGCUUCUGGAUCUUGAUCAUAUGAAAGGAAACUUGAAGGAGAAAAACUCAGAGCUUGUGUCUCUGACUCAGCAAAUCCAAGAACUGGAAAUGCACAGAGAACAGGUGAAAUCUCUGCAGGCAAGCCUUGAACACCUGAGGGCAGGUCUCAGUGACAGAGAGAGUGAGUGUGAUUCUCAAAGGGAUCAGUUAAGACUCUUGCAGCAGUACAAGGAGCAGCAAGAGGGGCAACUUCAAGAGCUUCAUGGUAAAGUGGAAAAGAUGGCACUUUCUUUAUCUAAGAAGGAUCAAGAGCUUGAGUCACAACAAAAACAAAUCCAGGAAGCUGAAGAAACCAUGGAAAUGCAGUUGAGGACUCUCCGUGACCAACUGGACCAGACCUUAGAAACCUUAAAAGAAAAGGACCGACUCAUAGACAUCCAAAAGCAACAAACGAGGAGCUAUGAGGAAAAAACAGAAGAAAAGAUGAAUGUCUUACACAGAGACUUAGAAUACACAAAGGCAAUACUGAAAGAUAAGGAUUUCAUGAUUGAAUCUCAGAAGGAAGUGAUUGAGACCUUCCAAAAACAGGAACAAGACUCUGAACAGCAGAGAAAAAUUCUGCACCAUCUUGAAGUGGCACUGAAGGAAAAGGAACAAGAAAUUUUAUCCCUUAGAAAGGAAUGUGAGGCAUGCAGGGAAAAGGAGGAAAAACUUGAAGCUGAGCACACAAAUCUUCAAGCUACAGAACUGACUCUGAAAGAAAGAGAAAAAAGGAUAGGGGUUCUGGAGGAGGCUGUCUCUGAGCUUCAGCGGCAAAAGGAGGAGGCAGCAAUGCAGGCUAAAGCCGUACUGCAAAACCUAGAACAUGCUGAAUCUUCUCUAGAAGCUAAAGAUCAAGAGAUAAUGUCUUUGCAGGAGCGUGUGCAGGACCUUCAGGAGCAGAAGGAGUUAGAAGGCAAGCAAGCCAAGAGUCUAGAGCAGGAUCUAGAAGAAAUGAGCAGGAUGUUGAAGGAGAAGCGUUUGGAGUUCCUCAAGCAGACAGAGCAAAUGAGCAUGUUACAGCUUCAGGGUGAAAGCAUGAAAAUAGCACUAACAUCAUGCCAGAAGCAAGUGAAUCUGCUUGAGGAAGUGGUGAGGAAGAGGGAUGGAGACAAUGAAGCUCUGAAACAAAAACUCCAGCACCAAGAAGAGGAAUUAAAGACCUUGCAGAAUCUCCAGUUUAGGCUAACUGUGAGCAACGAGGCGGUUAGACAUCACCAAGAGCAAGAGAAGGUCCUGGAAGACAUCUUGUGUGAGAGGGAGCGAGAAACCAAGGAUCACAGUGAGCAAAAAGAGUUAGAAAAGGAAGUAAGAGCUCUUCAGGAAGAUCUCCAGCAUGUUCAGCAGACUCUGACAAAGAAGGAGGAAGAGAUAAAGUCCCAGCAAAACAGAGUCAGGAAUUUAGAGAAGACUCUGACAGGAAAAGAACAAGAGCUUCAGAGGCAAAGCGAACUCCUAAAACAAUUCACAUCAGUUUUGCAAUGGAGAGAUGAAGGGGACACCCUAAAGAAACUAAUCCAAAAGCUCCAAAAGUGGGAGGAAGUGGAAACAGAGAAGAAGAGAGUGCUCCAAGAGAGAGACCAUUCCUUGCAAAGGCAGAAGGAGCUAACCCGGCAACUGGAAGAUGAAAGGAAGGCAAAGGGGAAAGAAUUGGAGCGUGUGAUUGCUAUUUUGAAGCAGACUGAAAGUGGAGAAAUUGAAUGGAAGGAGAAAGCACAAGCCCUGACCCUUGCCCUUAGGAAGUGUGAAUUGGCCAAUGGGACUUUGAGGAAAGAAAUAGCCAUCCUUCAGACUGCGGUUUCGGAGAGGGACACGGACCGGUUUCAUCACCAGGCUGUUGCAGAAGGAGAGCAGCAAUCAUGGCUCUCAGAGAAGAGGCUCCUGUCACAGCGGCUGGAACGUCUGCAGCAGCAAGUUGCAAGGCUGGAAGUUGAGAAGACUGAGCUGAAGCAACUCAACGCAGAGCUCAGGAAGACUCUUGAGCAGGUGGAGUGUGAACGGAGGAGGCUGAGGAGGUUUUACCGUGAUGGGUCGCUGCCAUCUGACAAGCACAAGAUGCCAGCUUCAAAACAGGAGGAGUCUCAUGCGCACUGCAGUCGUCAGUUAACUGAGUUGCAGAACCAGGUUUCCCUUCUACAGACACAGCUGGCACAAGAACGAAAAUACAAGCAGGACUAUAUUGAGUGUUGUGCAAAGACCAGCCAGGAGCUGUCGGACCUUCACCAAGAGCUGUCUUACUCCUUAGCAGCGGUGCUCAGGGAGCCCAAAGCUGCUGUUCUGGAGGCAGAGACUCAAAAGCUGGGUCAGUCUCUGAACCUUAGCUUGGCACUAAUACCUCUGGACCAUCAGUCUCCUGAGAGACAGCUGUUGCACUCAACAGCCAGAUCUGGCACAAGUGAUGACCUGAGUUAACGUGACGAGCAUACAGCAAAAGGCCUCCGUAGCAGCCAAGUUGGGGACCUGCUGUAGCAGGUGAACUGUGGCAGGGGGCUUUGUUCAAGGCAUGAGUCCCAAAGUAAGUUCAGUGUUCACAGCAGAUUGCCCAGCAGAAGCAGUGGUGGGACAAAACUGGUGCUGGCUUAUGUGGAUGGGGUCAGUUGUAGGCCUGGAAAAGCAGGACGAACCCAAUGAGCAGGUAAAAUUUCCUCCUUUUUCCAAAGCACUCCAUGAUAGCCUGCCUCGUCAGUCUCCACACAGCCUUCCCCAUCAGGAUGUUCCUAUGUCUGCAGUCUCUGUACUGUAUGCAAAGACUUUGUGUCUGGUUUUAUUUUUUCAAUACACUUAUUUCUCCAAAACACUGCACAGGCUCUUAGCAGAGAUCUCCUUGCAGUGAUGUCCUGCUGCUCCUCUGCUUUCUUCAGGAGAGCAAAGGAAGAGAGCAAAGCUGCCUGUGUUGCAACCACUGCAAAACACUGCUGUUUCACAAGUGAGGUGUGAGACUGCCAAGGAGAGCACUCAAAAGGCUGUUUCCAGAGUUGAGCAGCGGAUGCAGAACUGAUCGAAUAUGCCAGGACCAUUGUCCUUGAAGUUCUGGAAACCAUGAAGAAAGGUAUUAGAGGAAGAAAGAAAAUCCAAGCAACAAAGAGAAUUGCAGCCAGGGAAGGUCCUGCCACUGCUCAGCCUCCCUGUGCCAGUCACAUCAAAGGAAGCAGGGACAAUUGAAACGGGGGAGCUCAGGUACUCUCCUCCCAUCCCUCCUGCAAGGCGCUGAGCAAGGUGCCCAGAGGGCAGCAGAAAGCCUUCAGCAGGCCCAGGAUUGUACCUCCAGAGUCACAACAAGGUCUUCAGUGCAUGUGUGGGAAACUGAAUAUACACAGGCCAGGGAGUACCGUGGGCACCCUCGCCUCUCAGUGUUUCCAAGGCAGCCCCUGCCUCCAGCACUGGAGCUGGGGAAAACAGUGGCCAGGAGUCUCUGCUGAAUGGAAAGAGACACAAAAGGAGCUAAAGUCCAUGUCAGAACUUGCACAGGAGCAGGAAAAGCACCA